UACGUAGUUUUCUUUGAGAGGGUUACAUCCUGAGAUCACUCCAAGCAUGCCGGCCGCCGAGUGGAAAUAUGAAUUGGUAGAAUUACCCAAUGACGUACUUAUUGUAAAUCCCUUCAGGUAUUUAAUAAUGGGUCACAAUUUCUUUUAAUAAGCAGGACGUUGCAACAACCUGCAAACUCCAGGUGACCCACCGUCUGAUUCCCCGGCAACUAGCAGGCAUAAUGCGCGCGCACUCGUCUGCCCGGCUCCCAACCCUUCCCGGCGCGCGCCCCGACGUCGAGCCACGUGACUCGACGGGGUCGGGCGGGACCUGGGCCGGCUCCGCAGCGCCGCGCAGGCGCCACAGGGUCGCGCCGAGCUGAGCCCCUCCUGCUCCCUGUAGGACUCAAAAUGGCGGCGAGGGAAACCUGGAGCAGUCCCGGAGCCUGAGCCACUGACAGGAGAGAGGGCGGCGGUGGCAGCGGCAGGAAGAGGAUGGCUGCGGGUGCUGGCGCCAGUGCGGACGGCGGUGCUGGUGGCGGCGGCGGCGGCGGCGGGGGUGACGGCAGCUGUCCCAGCAGCAGCGGCAGGAGGAGCCUCCGGGAAAUGGAUGAAAAGAGGCUGCUGGAUCCAGGAUUGAAGGUUCAUAAAGGCCUCUGGGAUCACACUCUGAAGCAGCAGAUCGAAUGCCUGAGUGACUGAAGAAAAUGGGUGCUAAUGCAUCUAACUAUCCUCAUUCAUGUUCCCCGAGGGUAGGGGGAAAUUCACAAGCCCAGCAAACUUUUAUAGGGACAUCAUCUUAUUCUCAGCAAGGCUAUGGUUGUGAGUCAAAAUUGUAUAGCCUUGACCAUGGCCAGGAGAAACCACAAGACAAAAAAAAGAGAACCUCUGGCCUUGCUACCCUCAAAAAGAAAUUUAUUAAGCGUCGAAAAUCUAAUAGGUCUGCCGAUCAUGCCAAGCAGAUGUGAGAACUCCUCUCUGGAUGGGAUGUUAGAGAUGUCAAUGCAUUAGUAGAGGAAUAUGAGGGAACUUCAGCCUUAAAGGAGCUUUCUCUGCAAGCCAGUUUGGCUAGACCAGAAGCCCGGACAUUGCAGAAAGAUAUGGCUGAUCUUUAUGAGUAUAAGUAUUGUACUGAUGUAGACUUAAUAUUUCAAGAAACUUGUUUUCCUGUUCAUCGUGCCCUUUUGGCAGCAAGGUGUCCAUUUUUUAAAACACUGCUUGCUUCCUCGCCAGAGUAUGGGGCAGAGAUAAUAAUGGACAUCAAUACAGCUGGUAUUGAUAUGCCCAUGUUUUCUGCUUUGUUACACUACCUUUAUACAGGAGAGUUUGGAAUGGAGGACUCAAGGUUUCAAAAUGUCGACAUCCUUGUUCAACUUAGUGAAGAAUUUGGAACACCAAACUCCCUUGAUGUAGAUAUGUGUGGACUCUUUGAUUACAUGUGUUAUUAUGAUGUUGUCCUUAGUUUUUCUUCAGACUCUGAACUGGUUGAAGCUUUUGGGGGAAGUCAGAACUGUUUAGAUGAAGAGCUGAAAGCCCACAAGGCUAUUAUUUCUGCACGGUCUCCAUUUUUUCAAAAUUUAUUACAAAGGAGGAUACGGACUGGUGAAGAAAUCACAGACCGAACUUUGAGGACUCCCACAAGAAUUAUAUUAGGUGAGUCCAUUAUACCAAAAAAAUAUGCAAAGGUGAUACUACACUGUAUGUAUACUGACAUGGUAGACCUCUCCGUUUUACACUGUAGCCCCUCUGUGGGGAGUCUCAGUGAAGCUCAGGCUCUCAUUGCAGGGAAGCCAAACAUGACCAGGGCAGAAGAAGCCAUGGAACUUUACCACAUAGCACUGUUCUUGGAAUUUAACAUGCUUGCACAAGGCUGUGAGGAUAUCAUUGCAGAGAGCAUCUCAUUAGAUACCUUAAUUGCCAUCCUCAAGUGGAGCUCUCAUCCAUAUGGCUCUAAGUGGGUGCACCGGCAAGCUUUGCAUUUCCUCUGUGAGGAAUUGUCCCAGGUCAUGACUUCGGAUGUUUUUUAUGAACUCAGCAAAGAUCAUCUGCUUACUGCUAUCCAGUCUGACUACCUACUGGCAAGUGAACAAGAUAUCCUUAAAUAUCUAAUUAAAUAGGGAGAGCAUCAGUUGAUGAAAAGAAUAGCAGACAGAGAGCCAAACUUACUGAGUGGAACUGCACAUAGUGUGAACAAAAGAGGAGUGAAAAGACGAGACCUGGACAUUGAAGAGCUAAGAGAGAUCCUUUCUUCACUCUUACCUUUUGUGCGAAUUGAACACAUCUUACCUAUAAACAGUGAAGUCUUAAGUGAUGCAAUGAAAAGAGGUUUAAUUAGUACUCCCUCAUCAGAUAUGCUUCCUACAACAGAAGGUGGAAAGUCAAAUGCCUGGUUACGGCAAAAAAAUGCUGGUAUAUAUGUUCGACCUCGGCUGUUCUCCCCUUAUGUGGAAGAAGCAAAGUCAGUGCUAGACGAGAUGAUGGUGGAACAAACAGACCUCGUGCGCUUGCGAAUGGUUAGAAUGUCCAACGUGCCAGACACGCUUUACAUGGUCGGCAAUGCUGUGCCACAGUGUUGCCACAUGAUCAGCCACCAGCAGAUCAGCACUAACCAGUCAAGCCCUCCUUCAGUUGUAGCCAAUGAAAUUCCAGUUCCUCGUCUCCUCAUCAUGAAGGACAUGGUCAGACGCCUACAGGAGCUACGACACACUGAGCAGGUGCAGAGAGCCUAUGCACUGAACUGUGGGGAAGGUGCCACUGUCAGCUAUGAGAUCCAGAUUCGAGUGCUGAGGGAGUUUGGGCUUGCAGAUGCCGCUGCAGAGCUUUUGCAGAACCCUCACAAAUUCUUUCCUGAUGAACGUUUUGGGGAUGAAAGUCCACUCCUGACAAUGAGACAGCCUGGAAGAUGUUGCACUAACAGUACCCCUACUGCAGAAACCACGUUUACAGACCUGGACUCUUUUGUGGCCUUCCAUCCAUCCUUGCCCCCACCAGCCCCUCCAUACCACCCUCCAGCCACCCCAAUCCAUAACCAACUCAAAGCAGGCUGGAAACAAAGACCUCCUAGUCAGCACCCUUCACGUUCAUUUUCUUACCCCUGUAAUCAUUCGCUGUUUCACUCCAGAACAGCACCCAAAGCUGGCCCUCCCCCAGUCUAUUUGCCAAGUAUUAAAGCAGCGCCACCUGAUUGUACCACCACCGCAGGACUGGGGAGACAGACAGUUGCCACCGCUGCUGCAGCCGCUGCUGCCUCAGUAGCAGUAGCCUCUGAGAAACAAAUGUGUACACAGCCUGUGCUGAAUGAUCUGAUGCCAGAUAUCGAUGGGGUAUCCACACUGUCACUCAAGGACAGGAGGCUUCCAGAACUUGCUGCAGACACAGAAAUAAGCCAGCCAGUUUCUGAAGCAGGAACAGGGCCUCCCCAGCAUCUCUCAUGUAUUCCACAGAGACAUACACAUACUUCUCAGAAAAAACAUACACUAGAGCAAAAAACAGAUGCUAGAGAAAGUCAGCAGGAAUACCCAGAUUUCUAUGACUUCUCAAAUGCUGCUUGCAGACCUUCUACUCCUGCUCCUGGCAGACGCACCCCUUCCCCUUCACACAGUGGAUAUUUUGGUCCCGAUUUGUAUAGCCACAAUAAGGCAUCACCAAGUGGCUUAAAGUCAGCCUGCCAACCUAGUCAGACCUCUCCUAAAAAACAGGAAGAAGUGAGGAGAGAAUAUCCACUUUCCUCUGAUGGGCAUCCACACAGACAGAAGAGUGAGCUGAUUCGUCUGGAUGUCGUUGAGCAACCUCCCCCACGGUCAGACUUUCCUUUAGCAGCCCCAGAAAAUGCUGGUAAUGAUCCAGCCCAUGUCAGGGGAUGAACCGGAGUAGAAACUGACUUGACUUUUGGGCUGACUCCUACCAGACCAUCUUCACAUUCUGCAUGUAGCUCCGAAGCUCCAGAAGAGCGAUCCAGUAGAAGACUGGCUGACAGUGAGUCCCUGGGUCUUGGAGCUCAAAGAAGCACAGAUCUGGAAAGGGAAGAUUCCAUAAGCAGAGGAAGGAGGUCUCCGAGCAAGCCAGACUUCCUCUACAAAAAGUCUGCCCUCUGAGAGCAACCUCCAAGUUGUCUGUGCCUGAGAUGUGAAACAUCCCAUUUAUGGGCUGGGGAUUUAGCUCAGUGGUUCUACCGCCUACCUCGCAAGUGCAAGGACCCAAGUUCAAUCCCCAAUACCACAAAAAAAAAAAAAAAAAAAGGUGAGAUUCCAUUUAUGAUGUAACCCAACAACUUACGGACCAGUUUAUUGAUGCCAGCUCAUUUUCACAUUAUUUUAUUCUGGUUUUCAUGUGUAUAUAUGUUUAUUACACAUGGCAUGCUAAGAGGGUUAUUUUGAAUGCUGCAUAUGUCUGUUUUAUAUUUGAACCAUUGUGUAGGAAACCAUUUUAAAGAGCAAGCAAGCUGGCACUUUUUUUCCCCCUCUUUAUAAAUGAUGGAAAUUUUUUGCACUUGUACAUUUAUUUUAUCUGUAUUGAUUUUAUAGCAGUAUGUUCAACUUUAUUGCCACAUUUAAAAGACUGUAUUUUCAUACUUUUUUGCAUUUUACCUUUCAUCUACCAAUUUCCAUGUGCAUUGAAUUGCACACCAAGAUGUAUUUUCUUAUGAAAUAGUUCUGUGUUUAUUUUUUAAUUAUAGAAAUUCCAAAGAACAGCACAUCAAAAUGCUCCUCUCUUUUCAGUAAUUGCUUUAGUUCAGAAAUCUUCCUGCUCAGUCUCCAUACAUCUAAUGUCGUUCUUUAGUAAGUCUUAGGAGCUGGUCUUCAUUCCCCCAGUGAGAGUCCGUCCCAGGUCCUGAAGUUUUCACGUCAGUAAGAACAGGAAGCAGAAAAGCCUUUGGUGCCCAAGCUAAGGCUGUCACUUUGUUCACAGUGUGGACGCUGUCAGGACCCCUGCAGCAUUCUGGUCAUACAGAUUAGAAUAUUGUGAAUUUGCUCACUUGAUGAGGUUCUGAGGAAAUUGUAUCCCUUGGAAUGAGAAAGCAGCAGAAAUCUGACAGGAUUUCUGGCGCUCAGUGUGACUCUCGGCUGCCUUGGGUGAAAUGACUGCCUGCUGCCUUCAGUUGUCUUGCUUUCUAUGGGGAAAAAAACAAAAACAAAAACAACACAAGGGCUUCGGUCUUAUGGAUGUUAUUUGGUAUUUGUAAGCAUAUGUUUCCUUUUAAAUGUUUUUCAAAGGAUGUAUCAAUUUUGGUGUCCUAUAAAAAGUAUAAUACAUAAUGCUUUUUCACCAAAAAACAAAAUAGAAAAAGAAAGAAAUUUGUUUUCAGCUGAACACUACAUGUCCUACUUGAGCUUCACUAGGGAUGCUGGUUUGGCAUUUACUGAACCACACUGAGCACAUGGGGUCUUUCUGAUCCUCUCCCUUGGAAGGGCAAGGUAUGAGCUAAGGACUGUUUUUUUCUUACUCUCCUAUGUAAAUAUGUUAGUAUUUGAGUUUUUAAAUCACUUAAACAUUAUUUGAGCAUUCACUUUGUAUUUUUACAAACAUACAGCCGUAGCACUUAGAAGAAAAGAGACUUCCUAAACAUUCCCUCAUAGGAAGGAUAUUUGGAAACCUCUUUUCAAGAUAUAUAUAUAUUUCACAGAUAUGUCACAGAUAUAGAUAGAUAUAUAUAUAUAUAUAUAUAUAUAUAUAUAUCACUAUGAAUCACUCACACUCUAAAACUAUGCAGGGCUAGGGAGCCUUUACAAGCUACCAUAUAAAUGAAUUACAUGCACUUUGAAGUAAAUAGAUUUCUAUUGGGUGUCAACAACUCUGAUUUCUCCCAAAACUGUAGAUUCUCUUAUGGUCUUUUCCUACUUUACCCUGUGGAUAUACACUCAGGAAUAAUCUGACGUUUUUAAAAAUCCUAAUAGUAGAUAAUCUCAAAGAUGGGAAGCAAGUCGGUCUAUGUGUACACACCGCAGACUGCCGCCACUUGUUCUGCUGCCUGACUAGUUAGCUGCUACUAGUGCAUUCACUGACCUUGGUGAUGUUGCAUACUAAGCUCCAUUCAUUUGCUGUGAGAUCAGCUCAUACCGCCUUUAUGGCUCCUUUUUUAAAGACGGAAAAACACAGGACUCUGUCCUCAUUUUUUAAUUUUGGCUCUUCUAGUAGAUGAUGGUAUGUUUUAAAGUCUAAUCUCUUCUUCAGAAACAAAAGUUAAUUCUAUGCUAUUCCUUACUAUGGGGUUAUAUACAUGUGUGGACAUGAAUUAUAUUUUUUUGUAUUAAAUUCUUUUAUUGGUACAUUGUAGGUGUACAACACAAUUACGUUUCUCAUUGGGAAUUGUACCUUUACAUAAUGCAUCUUGGUUCUUAUUUUUGGACAUGAAUUAUUUUAUAUUUCUCUUCUGAAUCAGACUGUUCUGUGUUGAUGCUGACGAUGAGAAUGAGUGGACCUAAUUUGGGUGUUAAAAAAAGCUUUCUCAUCUCUAACCUGUUUCUUUUUUGCUGUUUUCCCCCACGUUAGACCAAUGUUACUGAUCCCACACAUAUUUUUAAAUUCAUUAAAUAUUUUUAUAUCCCCAAAAUGUAAUUGUAAAAAUUAGUGAUCAUUGUUCAUACUAUUAUUUAAUUUAUGAAAUUUGCUUUUCAUAGCUUAGUUUACCAGGCUAAAUUAUGUGUAUAGAGGGAACUCUUGCUUUAAUCUGUGGGAUUGUGGAUUAAUGUGACUUGCAGAAGAUAGACAGAUGUGAUCUUUAUGUAUGUUAGGUUAGGUGUUGGUGGACUUUUAAUAUAUCUUGUGAAGUUUGGUUAAUAGGGUAGGUUGAAUAGCUAUGUGCCUCUAGCUUUUGAACCCAUCUAUUAAAUCUUUCAGUGCUGUACUAAGAUAAAUGUGAAGUCUGAGUAAGGUUGCUCUCAGAAAAAAAAUAUGUAUAAUAUGAAACUUAGGACACAGGAACUGGCACUUCACUUGGUGUAGAAAUGUAAUGAGAACCAAAUCACAAAAAUACCAGAUCUCCUUUUGAGGCCAUGGACAAUCGGGCCAUUUGGACAAUCACCACUUCCACUGCCUCCUGUAUGUUGAGGUUAGAGAACCACCAGUAAGAUGCUAGUGCAGAGGAGGAGAGUUAGAUUUCUUUAAGAGGCUGUUGGUCCUUUUCUUAUGUAAUUGUUUGUUUUGUGAUUUUGAAAAAUAAUUGAAGUUCAAAGUCACCUGCGACUCCUAAGGGAAACAGCAACAGCAUGAAAGGCCGAAGUCAUUCGCACACCCAUUCCCACAUGUCCCCCCUUUAGCUUUAUUUCUAGGCAAGUGUUCCUGGACCUGAGCUAGCCUGUCAUUUUAAUAACCUGCUAGCUUCUAAGGGUUUUUGCAGAGUUCUUCAUAUUUAUCUUUUUCUAAAACUAUGAAAUUAAUUCUUCUUUUUACUUCCUCAAAAACUGGGGUUUUUUGGUGCUGCCGCCUCCUAGCAAGUGCAACGUCCUGGGUUCAAUCCCCAAUACCAAAAAACAAACAAACCAAAAAAAAAACUGGUUUUUCAUUUUUGGGUUUUUGGGUUUUUGGUUUUUUUACACUUGUCGUCCUUUAUUGAGUUUCCGUUUGAUAGGUGGUUCAGGCUCUAGCAGCAGGCACAAUCUUGUACAUUUGAACAAAGUUGAUCCUGCUGAAGGGGAAGGGGAAAGGAGGGUGCAGCUCCCCAGCCUGGGGCUCCCAGCUGGCCUCAGGCCGAAUUCUCUGGAGUGAAAGCAUCAGUACUCCCCAGUAACUAACCAGCAAGACAGAGCUUUUCUUUUCUCUUCUUUUUCCCUAAAGACAGGCUGGUUACUGGUGCCCUGAGGCUGAGAUAAGUCAGUCAGUCCGCUGUGUGGCUCCUGGAAUGCCAGGCUCCGGUCCUGUUCCGAGGCUCAUAAUACUACUCUCAGCCCUUCAGGAAUCCUUGCAUCUAAUAUUCUCCUCUUGAUGGGCAGCUUUGCCAGGGCAGCAUUGAUAUCAUAUUCAGGAAUCCUUGACAAUUGUUCUUUUGUUGAUUUGUAAUCCCUAAAUACUGGGUCCACUUUUACCCAUAUUUGCUACUUUGCAGAGAUUUGGAAAAUUGGUGCGAUUAAUCAUGCCCUUCUAGCUGUAAGGCCUUAAGGUACAAGAACAUGCUUGGGUCAUGUUUCUCUACCAAGUCAGCUUUGAUCUCUAAGAAUUUCUUUAUUUCCUGACCAGCACCAGGUAGGAAGCUCACACGAGAGAGACUUUCAUAGUCAUAUAUAAGGUUGCCAUUAACUUAACCUGAGAGAUGAAGGCAUGGCUGGUGGGUUGUACAGUGGGUUGAUCCCCCCUAGUUUAAGAAGAUUUGCAAGUAAUAUUCACAUCCAGUCCUCUUCCUGCCAGCCGCUGUGAGGCUUUCUCUCAGGUCCAGACAUGUGUCAAGGUCUGCUGCAAGUGUGGUUAUGCCCAGCCUGACAGCAGCAAACAGCAUUAAACCAUUUUCUUAUUUGCUCAAAGAGGUUCUGCUAUGGCUUUUGAAGUGGUAGACAGGAGCAAGGGCGCAAUUAACAGUGUUCUGUGGGUCAUUUCUGGCUUUGAUCCCAGGAACAGCCCUCAAGGGCGUGGAUUCCUUGCUCAUUUGGAAGUCCUCUAUGCGGUGAUAUAAAGUCUUUGAUUCCUGUUAAUACAUCAUACAGUUGUGGAAAGACUCUGAGAAGGGUCUUGAGGACUGCUGGUGUUCUUGGAUGCUCUUGGCAGGAUUGGCCAUCACUGUAGCCACUUCUAAGACCGCGUGGUCAGGAGAAGGAAGGGUAACCGAUUAACUGUCUGUACCACCUAGUUCUAAUGUAAGAGACAUGGUGUCACAGAUAGAUAUUUUCAUAGUGUUGAAUUUGCUUUUUAGGGAAAAACAUGUCUCAUGAAAUACUUGUAAGAUAGCUGUUUUACAAUUAUAAGGCAUUCUUUUUAUCUUUGGACUGAAUUCAAAGGGAAAUGCUUCUUUGACUUCAAGUAUUCAGUUGACCUUCAGCUCUCAUAGUCACUAUUAAAGCUGCAGUGAUGGGUGCUAUUCCCGGGUCUGCAAUGGUUCACUUUGUCUACUACGUGGUUUACUUUCAAACCUCAUUACAGGUAAUCUUACUGAAAGAGUUACUGUGCACACCGCUGGAAGGUAUUUUACUGUUUUCCAUUAACACUUGUAUGAAUGUUUUAUGAAAUGUUAUCUUUUUGUCUUAUCAGUUUCAAUAGCUGUCAUAUAGUUAUUAUCUGGCCAAGCGUUUUGAUUUUUUUUCUGUAGAAAAUCCUCAUACUAUGUAACAAUCUUUCAUAUUCUGAAUAUUAUAAUGUGCGGCUGUUUUCAUAGAAAGUUACUUGGAAUUGUGUGUCUUGAAAAUAGCCUCUGGUGUUUGUGUGUGUGUGUGGGUUCUGUCUGAGAUCAGAUAAACUCUGGAAGCUUCCCUUGGCUACCUGCCCGUGACCAUGUACCUAGGUUGCCUGGGCAGGCUGUGUGGAAUCCUCCUCUUAGGUGGGAUGGCGAAAAGCUGAAGGUUCCUGAACUCCACUUGCUGUGUAUGUGGCACAUCUGUACUUGAGAGAUGUCAGACCUUCUACACCACUGCGUUUCUUGUGGUUGUGCUGUUACUGGUAUAAAGUUAAGUGCCUUCAAUGCUAAAGGCUCAGAAAUUUUUCUUAAACUGAUUUCAUGUCCUAUGCAAGUGUUUUCUACAACCUGCAUAACCAGUACUUUGUAAAACUUGUUUACGCUUCAAUUGUACAUAGUGUUUUUUAAAGAAAUAUAUAGUAUUUUUAUUUAGGUACCUCCAAACUUGAAUUCGUCUGUGUGAAGCAUUGUAAAACGAUACAUUUCUCUUUCGAGUACCAUUACAGUUGUACAGAGGUUUUCACUGGUUCUAUUUUUCUACUGUUACUGAUAAGCAUGUAACACUGACUUUAUCCUACAUAUAGUUGGCAUUUCAAAUAAAUGGCUUGUAUAGAA